CGCUCCUGCCCGCCCGGAUCCCGUGGGGCGCAUGAGGCUCCUCAAGCCGCGAUCGCGCGCGGGCCCCGUGCCCGGCUUUCUGUUGCCUUGAGAAGCCGCGCCGGGACACCACCAGACCCUUAGCUGCCGGGAGGAUGACCAUGGCCGGGGGCAGGAGAGGACUGGUGGCCCCGCAGAACACGUUUCUGGAGAAUAUUGUCCGGCGGUCCAAUGAUACUAAUUUCGUGUUGGGGAAUGCUCAGAUAGUGGACUGGCCUAUCGUGUACAGCAAUGACGGAUUUUGCAAGCUGUCUGGCUAUCACAGGGCAGAAGUGAUGCAGAAAAGCAGUACCUGCAGUUUUAUGUAUGGGGAGCUGACUGAUAAAGAUACAAUUGAAAAGGUGCGGCAAACAUUUGAGAACUAUGAGAUGAAUUCCUUCGAAAUUUUGAUGUACAAGAAGAACAGGACACCUGUGUGGUUCUUUGUGAAAAUUGCUCCAAUUCGAAACGAACAGGAUAAAGUGGUCUUAUUUCUUUGCACUUUCAGUGACAUAACAGCUUUCAAACAGCCAAUUGAGGAUGAUUCAUGUAAAGGCUGGGGGAAGUUUGCUCGGCUGACCAGAGCCCUGACGAGCAGCAGGGGCGUCCUGCAGCAGCUGGCUCCCAGCGUGCAAAAAGGAGAGAACGUGCACAAGCACUCCCGCCUGGCCGAGGUCCUGCAGCUGGGCUCGGACAUCCUCCCCCAGUACAAGCAAGAGGCACCAAAGACCCCCCCUCACAUCAUCUUACAUUACUGUGUUUUUAAAACCACGUGGGAUUGGAUCAUCUUGAUCUUGACCUUCUACACAGCCAUCUUGGUCCCUUACAACGUCUCCUUUAAAACCAGGCAGAACAAUGUGGCCUGGCUGGUAGUGGACAGCAUCGUGGACGUCAUCUUUUUGGUGGACAUUGUGCUGAAUUUUCACACCACCUUUGUCGGACCAGCUGGGGAGGUGAUUUCCGACCCCAAACUCAUCCGCAUGAACUACCUGAAGACGUGGUUUGUGAUUGACCUUCUGUCCUGUUUGCCAUAUGAUGUCAUCAACGCCUUUGAGAACGUGGAUGAGGUUAGUGCCUUUAUGGGUGAUCCAGGGAAGAUUGGUUUUGCUGAUGAGAUUCCACCACCCCUGGAGGGGAGAGAGAGUCAGGGCAUCAGCAGCCUGUUCAGCUCCCUGAAAGUCGUCCGGCUGCUCCGUCUGGGGCGAGUGGCCCGUAAACUGGACCACUACAUUGAAUACGGAGCUGCUGUGCUGGUCCUGCUGGUGUGUGUGUUCGGGCUGGCUGCUCACUGGAUGGCCUGCAUUUGGUACAGCAUUGGGGACUAUGAGAUCUUCGAUGAGGACACCAAGACCAUCCGCAACAACAGCUGGCUCUACCAGCUGGCGAUGGACAUUGGCACCCCUUACCAGUUUAAUGGGUCUGGCUCAGGGAAGUGGGAAGGUGGUCCCAGCAAGAAUUCUGUCUACAUCUCCUCGUUGUAUUUCACCAUGACCAGCCUCACCAGCGUGGGCUUUGGAAACAUCGCCCCAUCCACAGACAUCGAGAAGAUCUUUGCAGUGGCAAUCAUGAUGAUUGGCUCACUUCUUUAUGCCACCAUCUUUGGGAAUGUGACAACCAUCUUCCAACAGAUGUACGCCAACACCAACAGGUACCAUGAGAUGCUCAACAGCGUUCGAGACUUCCUGAAGCUCUACCAGGUGCCAAAGGGAUUGAGUGAGCGAGUCAUGGAUUAUAUCGUGUCCACCUGGUCCAUGUCCAGAGGCAUUGACACUGAGAAGGUCCUGCAGAUCUGCCCCAAGGACAUGAGAGCUGACAUCUGCGUGCACCUGAACCGCAAGGUGUUCAAGGAACACCCGGCUUUCCGGCUGGCCAGCGACGGCUGCCUGCGGGCGCUGGCCAUGGAGUUCCAGACGGUGCACUGUGCCCCGGGGGACCUCAUCUACCACGCGGGAGAGAGUGUGGACAACCUCUGCUUUGUGGUCUCCGGCUCCCUGGAGGUGAUCCAGGACGACGAGGUGGUGGCCAUCCUAGGGAAGGGAGACGUGUUUGGAGAUGUGUUCUGGAAGGAGGCCACCCUCGCCCAGUCCUGCGCCAACGUCAGGGCCUUGACCUACUGCGACCUGCACGUGAUCAAGCGGGACGCCCUGCAGAAGGUGCUGGAGUUCUACACGGCCUUCUCCCACUCCUUCUCCCGGAACCUCAUUCUCACCUACAACCUGAGGAAGCGGAUCGUGUUCCGGAAGAUCAGCGACGUGAAGCGGGAAGAGGAGGAGCGCAUGAAACGGAAGAAUGAGGCCCCCCUGAUCUUGCCGCCAGACCACCCUGUCCGGAGGCUCUUCCAGAGGUUCCGGCAGCAGAAAGAGGCCAGGCUGGCGGCCGAGAGGGGCGGCCGCGACCUGGACGACCUGGACGUGGAGAAGGGCAGCGUCCUCGCGGAGCACGCCUCCGCCAACCACAGCCUGGCGAAGGCCAGCGUGGUCACCGUGCGCGAGAGCCCCGCCACGCCCGUGCCCUUCCCGGCGGCCUGCCCCGCGGGGCUGGGCGUGUCGGACCACGCCAAGCUGCACGCGCCCGGCUCUGAGUGCCAGGGCGCCAAGGCGGGCGACUGCGCCAAGCGCAAGGGCUGGGCCCGCUUCAAAGAUGCAUGCGGGAAGGGCGAGGACUGGAACAAGGUGUCCAAGGCCGAGUCCAUGGAGACGCUCCCCGAGAGGACCAAGGCGUCAGGGGAGGCCACGCUGAAGAAGACGGAUUCGUGCGACAGCGGCAUCACCAAGAGCGACCUGCGCCUGGACAACGUCAGCGAGGCCAGGAGCCCCCAGGACCGCAGCCCCGUCCUGGCGGAGGUCAAGCACUCCUUCUACCCCAUCCCGGAGCAGACGCUGCAGGCCACCCUGCUGGAGGUGAAACACGAGCUGAAGGAGGACAUCAAGGCCCUGAACGCCAAAAUGGCAAACAUCGAGAAGCAGCUCUCUGAGAUUCUCAGGAUAUUAACUUCCAGAAGAUCCUCUCAGUCUCCCCAGGAGCUGUUUGAAAUAUCUAGGCCCCAGUCCCCGGAAUCAGAGAGAGACGUCUUUGGAGCGAGCUGAGAGGCCCGUUCAUGCAGAGUCGAAGUCGGAAACCCGCCACCCCGCCCUAGGCGACACCCCCACCACACACCUACAUGACCAACCACCUUCCGAGUAGGCUUUUCCGGACAGAAGCCCGAGUGGGACCAGUUGCUUAGGCUCACGCUCUCUCUCAAAGCCGUGGGAAGCGAGUGCGCGGCCUCCGCCGCCGCCAGCUGCCGCGGAACUGCCUCUGCACAAUCUCGCAAGAGGGGGCAUGCUGUCUACGGGUGUUUCCCUUCAUUUUUAAUUUUUUACUGCCAUGAUAUUUGUAAAAGAUGAAAACUAUCAGGAAAGAGCAGCAGCCAUUUGGAUAUUGGUGGGGGAGCCCCAAGAACCCCUCACGUAUAUACCAUGCUGGGCUCCUUCGCCAAGACCCCCAAAGACUGAGAUGGGCCCAGGGAUUUCCCAGCAUUCCCUGUCCUUGUACAGCCUUCGUCUGACCUCACCGUAUAUUUUCCUACAGUCGUCAUUUGUAACAAGCUCGGGACAAGGGGAGCCUGAGGGACAGGGAGGGCAGAGCCUUUCAACUUCUGGCUCCGGUGGCUAAAGCCGGAAAGCAGCCGAAGUGCUGUGGGUGCCUCCCAUAGACGCUGAGGGCCGGGAACCCUCGGGUCUCCUUUCCCCAAAGACGUGAGCCACGCGCAAGAGCUGGAGAGGGGCCCUUGGGAUCCAGCAGUUCGCUCUACGGGAUGGCAUCGUGCCACUGGCCUCGUCACACAGGCCCCCCUGCUUCUUUUCCUUCCCAGCCUCUCCCCACGUGCUCCCGUGGCAAUCCUCAGGGUAGGGGGCAU